AAAAUUUUAUAUCCUCUGUAAAGCACUAAAUAUAUUUUGAAACCGUAAGUUGUGUGAAUAGAGUUUAACUCCAGUGAUGUGACUUCAGCAUUGAUUUUUAGAAACAAAUUUAAAAAACGUGUGUUUUUCCUGCAAUGUCAUUAUUUUUCAAAAAUUUUAAAAUCCUCUAAAUGCGCCCUAAAAAUUCACCCGAACGUUUUAGAACUGGGAUAUGACUUAUUUUUUACGCCGAAAGAGCUUUGUGUUUACGAACGAAAAGGACUGCAGACUGAGAAAAUUGCCAAGUUUCCUUCAGAAAAGUGGGUGCAAGUGUGUUGUAAUUUCCAAUUUAAACUGAACGCUCCAGAGUAGUUUUCCGUCGACCAGUCCAGCUUGAACCGGUGAAUUGAGACAAUUAGUCGCCACGCAAAAAGCGGCUCACCCGGUGUCAUGAACUGGGUUCGUUAACACGUUCAACUCUGGAGUCGGGGAAAAUUCUAGUGUUUUCCUCUUGGUGAAAAACACCGAAACCACAAACGUGGACAGUGCGCAAACGCGGUUUCUGAACUUCACGAGAUGAGCGACGCCGCAGCCAAGUGCACGUGAAGUGGCAGAUUUUGGUGCUAAUCAGUUUUUUGACCGCACCACCCUCCGGCAUCACAAUGAAGAAUUUUGGUUUAGCUUGGUUAAUGACCUUAGUGCAGUCAAGCGUGGCUAAUAUUCUGAUGGUCAACUCGGAUCAAAGCAAAGUCGUGGAGCUGUCUCCGAUGAAUCCAAAGUGUAAACUCUACACCAGAACAUCAGAUGUGGAACGGAUGUUGGAAAUCGUGGACCCGCACUUCGUCCACCCGAUGGAUGACAACGCGCUGCAUGACGCAAUGACCGCCUGCCAAAACUUGAAGGGCCCCGCGCACAUGUUUAUCUAUCCAGGUACGAAGUGGUGCGGUCCUGGAAAUAUCGCAUCCAGUUACGAGGAUAUAGGAAAGUACGCUGCCGAAGACAAGUGUUGUCGGGAUCACGACCUCUGCCCAGAGGACAUGCCUAGCGGAAAAUGCAUCGAUGGAGUCUGUAAUCGAUCUCCUUUCACCAGGUCAAGUUGUAAAUGUGAUGCCGAUUUCAAGAAGUGCCUGAGGCAUGUCAAUACUCCAACAGCAAAUACUUUGGGAACCAUCUUUUUCAAUGUAGCGAAAGUUAUGUGCUUCCAGAGAAACUGCACGGAAGAUGGCAAAUGUAAGACUACAUUCUCUGCAGUUUCGAAGUAUCCGGUUCACAUACCGAAGAGGGAAAUCACCGUCAACUUUCUGACUAAUAUUUUUCAAGACUUUAUCAAAAAUCUGUUCAAACAUAAAUCGCACUUUGGUCGGUUUGAGGAAGUUAUUUAGCAGACUUUACAACUUCAAAAGAAAAGGCGUUACAUAAAAUUAUGAUUCAUGGGUGCUUAAUAAACCCAUGUUAUGAAACUCAUUAGUGGUAGAGUAGCACAAAGAAACAAAAAUAUUGAAAUGAUUUUGCAAUUUCAUGCAGUAAAAUUGCAAUAUUUUCACAUAAUUUAGUCAAUAAAUGCCAAUUAAACGCUCAAAAAAAUUAGUGCAUGUGUGAGGAGAGUAGGCGAUUUGCAAUGCAAGAAACAUCGCGAUUUAUUUUAAAUUCAUUGCGAUAAAUCUCAAUGAGAGAAGCCCCUUCAAUUAGUGAAUAGACAAAAUUCACAACACUCCGGCACAAUAGCAACAAUAAUUUUUCCAUGUAAUUGCAAUAUUGCAACCUGUGGGAAACUUGUGCUAAUAGGGUAACCUACUGUUACUGUACCCUUGACCUAUAUUUUUCUCAGUCAGUAUAUUCGUGUCAAACUUAAAAUGUAGAUCGUGAAUAUUACGAUUAAGUCUAUGCAUGAAUUUAUAUCAUUUCACCUACGGCAUAUUUCAAUAAGCGCGUCGCAGGUGGAACAAGAAUCAUGAAAAAUGGAAAAUGCCAUGAUGUAAAUGUAUCAAUAGAUACGGUAAAAGAGUUGGUCAAUUUCAGUGGCGAGUUGUUUCUCUCUUCAACUGGAAGUCUACUUAACUACUCAUUACGUGGAAUGUAUGAUGUAUUAUAUUUGUUAAAUAGUAUAAUUUGUACAAACAUACUAUUUUUACCUUUAAAGUGAAAAAAUAAUCAUGUAACAGGGAUCUCUUGACGUUAAAAACGUUUUACGCAAUUUAUAUUUUGUUAAAAUCCAAAUUUUAUGUUGACUCGGUAAAUAAUCAUUUGAAAAUAGCUCUUGUGACGAAAUUAGAGGUGCCCAUAUAAAUUGUUUUUUGCUCCUUUUAAAGUGCUAGGCAAGAUUUUCUAUGUAAGACAUCGACAGACAGACAACAUCGAAACCCACUUUAUUAUGCGCUGCAUAAUUUCAAAACGAACUCGAGGUCCUAAAAUACAGUUAUUCAAACAUAUGAUUUCCAAAAUGGAGCCUUUUUAGAGCACUUUACACUUUUUCAAUAAUUUAAGGGCUGAAAAAGGCCUUUACCGGCGCCUGUUCUUUUUAGGAUGUCCUCAUUCAUUAUAAUAUAAAUACAUUGUACUUAAAUUUAAUUUUGAGAAUAAAGCCAAAGAAAGAUGUUUUACAAUUAUUCGUUUCAAUAAGACUAGAAUUUAAAAUAUGUAUAGUUUAAUAGGACCCAUACCCCACCUAAUUUUGUGCCGUGCAUUCAUGGGUACUUUAUUUGCCUGUUUGUAGAAUUACUUUAUUCCGUAAGUUAUGAUUGCACGCCUUUUAAUAACUCAUUCUAAGAAUGUGCCUAAAUAUACUAAGCGUGAUUAUUUUAAUUUGUAAAUUGUAAUUAUGUGCAUAAAGUAAAACAUUACACCCAGUU